GGGCCCAGCAGCACGACACCGGCGACCCCUCGUGGCCCGGGCCCGGCACUGCCACGGCCGCGGCCGCCGUCGCUGAGCCCGCGAAAAGUCGAGAGAGGCAAAGCAGCGAGCGGCAGACGACGACAACAGCAGCAGCAAGCAAGCAGCAGCAGCAACGAAGGACCACAACAACAACCACCACCACCAUCCCCCUCCUCCUCCUCCUCAGCAGCGAUGGCUUUCGGCCCACAGGCUCCCGCUUACUACACGAGUCUGCUGGCUCAACUGAAGGCAGAACAGGUCAACAAGCCCCUUCUUUACCGCUGUGCAGACCUCACCAGGACCAUUGACGAUUACACCAGCAAGGAUCUUCAAGGAAUAUUCGAGUGGCUGGUGGCCUCCAUUUUUGGAGCUGAUGGCGAGCCAGGAUGGAACCUCCUCUACAUACAAAAUAAAAAGAGUCCUACAGAUUAUGCAGCUGUCCAUGACUUCCUUUCCCCCUGUGGUGCCAUGAUGAGGCUCGUGUACAAACUACAGGUGGAUGAUGCCAAGUUUUCCUACCAAGUAUCCAAGCUGCCGGCUCCAGCGCGAGGGGCCCUUCAGGAGGGCCUCCUUCCCACAGAGUCACCCCUCUAUGUCAACAAACUAGUGGGCGGUGGGCUCGUGCUGUCUCUCUCCCUGAAUGCCUUUGAGUAUUAUUUAUUCAGCUUCGCCAACUACCUCGUUCUACCAAAGACGUCCCUGAGCCCCCAGUACGCGGCCGGUCCCAACAACCUGUACACGGCCUUGGUGGAAGACUACCUGAAGUACUUCCUGCCGACUAUGGGAAACGCACCUGCGUCUCCAACACACGCUCUAACCAAGGCCCCCUCCCCGCCUAACCACAGGCCAGUGAGCUGCCUGCAGUCUCCAUACUCCAGCCCUCUGUCCGCCCUCCUGAAGAGACCCAUCCAGCACCAGUCCCCUGUGACACCAGACCCGGCCGCACACCAGAUCUGGCACUCUGAGACGCUCUUGCAGGUGUUUGUGGAGCUUUGGUUGCACCAUUACUCCCCAGAGGUAUUCCAGAAAAUGCAGUCCCCACAGGCUCGGGAACAGUUCGUGCCGACGGAGGAGCACGUGCGGGUGGUACGCCUGCUCAUCAAGCACCUGCAUUACUUCAGCAGCAGUGCGCGCGACCCACCGCCCGCCUCCCCUUCGUCCCCAUACCACUCGCAACCCACAAGCCCGCUCGACAACUUCAAACGGGUGGUGAUUCCAAGGUUUGUACAGAAGAAGCUCUACGUGUUCCUGCAGCAUUGUUUCAGCCACUGGCCACUCGAUUACUCCUUCCGAGUGGUGCUGGAAACGUGGCUGAGCUACAUCCAGCCGUGGCGCUACACGGAGUGGCCAAACGGUGGCGGAGAGUCGGACGACCCCACCGUCCCCGACAAGUGGGCGGUGUUCGUGCAGGAGAACCUGCUCUUCUACACGCGACUCUUCCAGGUGUUUGUGGGCCGCACCUUGCGCUCCGACCUCAGCUCGGCGCGGCACACACUCAUGGCGUACCGGGCCGCCAAGGUAUACGCGCAGUGCAACCUGUGCGCGCUCAUCAUGAAAGGCGAGCAGCUGCUGCAAGAGCCUGAGCACAUCUCUCCCCAGCGCCAGCAGCACACCGCCCUCCUCCCUGCGGUGGGGGGGCGGGCGCGCACCCCCCCCCGCCAGGCGCUACCCGGGGACGGCGCGGCUCGCGUGCGGUUGCACGUGUGCGCGCUCGAGGGCCAGGAGCGCACCUACACGCCCCUGUUCGGCUCGGAAGGCCGCACCGCCGUCCUGCAGCUGGUGCAGGCACUGCAGCAGGCCCAGAGGCAGGCGGCCGCGGCGAUGACGGCACCCAAUCGGGCAGGCGAGGCCGUUUCAAGUGGUAGCGGUGGCAGCAACGGUCCGGGCGGCGGGCGCUCUUUCCUCUCCAUGCUGGGCCUCACGUGGGACUCGGGGUACGGGUCGGCGAGCGCCAACGGGGACGACUACGAGGCGGUGGACACGCGCAAGCUGGGAGAACACCUGCAGAAGUCCAUCGAGUUCUUUUCGCAGACAUUCAGGAUAAACGCGGCGCUUGUGGUUCCUCGACACUCGUGGAUGGGCCCUGGUGCACCAGACUUUGGCACCGGCGAGCUUCCAGACUGUGCGCCGGGGAAGGAUGGUCAGAUGCUCACACCUCUCGGCCGUUACCAGCUGAUGAAUGGGCUGCGUCGCUUCAACAUCCAAUAUUCGGGAGACCCCGAACUGCAGCCUAUCAGAAGCUACGAAAACCCCACGCUCGUUCGGUUGCUGUAUCGUCUGACAUCCGCUCUCAACCUCCGGUACAACAGUCAGAUGCAGGCGCUGUGCAGGCGGCCGGGCUUCCUGGGCCGCCUCUCGCGAUACUACCUCUGUCCGCCCAGGGUCGCGUCCAUGCCAAGGUUCCCAUCAACAGAGAGCAACUCUUCUUCCUCCUCCUCCUCCUCCUCAUUCCGGGAGCCAGUGAUAAUGGCGGCAGCGGCAGCGCAUACACCCCGCCUGAGCUUGCGCUUCCUUGCAAGCUACAGGAACAUGCUGGGCCUGCUGCUGUUGUACGCGCUGGCCCGCGUGCUGUCGCUCGACCCCCUGGCGUUCAUGCUGCUGCUGCUCUUGGCGGCGUUGGGGUACGGUGUCAUCAAGACGCUGCUCAGGGAGCGGUCGCACAUUGACUGAGCAACCGACAUUACACCUUGCACUGCCGCCCCCCCCCCCCAUCCCCUUGUCAGUUCACGGCCGUUGAAAUUGGACGAAGUUGUUUAGUAGGGGGCAUGUAACGAUGCAUUGAGUCACGGAUUCUUAAUUGCGCAAUGUUUGCGCUAAAAAUUGCAGCUAAUGAUUACAUUUGUGCAGAUUAUAUGCUGGUGUUUAUUUACAGCCCUUUGUCAAUCCACUGCCAGAUGAACGCCUUUCCAUGCCGUGUUGGUCAUUGGGAUUAUUUGACUACUUCACCAUGCGAGUCUGUAUGGAUUGUUGGCACAGUGGUCAGCUCUCGGUUUGAUUCCUGAACGUGUCUAACGUCAUUGGCAUAUGCUAUCUAAAUGAGUCAUGGCCCCCACUUGACCAAUCUACUGAUAAGCGUGGCAAAGAGAAGUAAAUGUCUGAAGUCAUGCAGUGGAUUGACAUGACGAAUUUUUUUUUGCAAGUGUUGGACUAAUGGAGCAAAUAAAACGAAAUGGCAAAAAAUUGAGAAUACCGAUGAGGUGGAUAAACAGACUUCAUUCUUGAAUUGUAUCAUGAUUCAUGGACUGGUUUGUGGAUCAUUACAUGCCUGCUAUUUAGGCUUAUGUCCACAAAGAGAUGAGGAUUUUUUUAUUCUUGACAAUGCAUUAUUUUCUUGUCAUGAGGUUAUAAGCGGAGUUACUUUUUGUUUUGUAAUUGAAAUGAAACAUGGGUCAUUCAUAUCUAUUUUAAUAAGAUGAAUAUCGAUUUGUUAAGUAUGUUUUAUAAACAGCUUUCUUCAUGUGUUUUUAGAAUAUAAAAAUAAAAAAAUUCAACCAA